UUUAUGUCGUGAACAGGUUGGCCAGGAGGUGCUGACCUCAGCUGUCCCGGGGCGUGUGAAGGGAAUAAGCCAAAUAGAGCAUCUUUGGUUAGUUUGUUUGUUUAAUAUUUUAUUCAUUCAUGUGAGACACACAGAGAGAGACGGAGGCAGAGGGAGAAGCAGGAGCCACGCAGGGAGCCCGACGUGGGACUCGAUCCCGGGACCCCAGGAUGACGCCCUGGGCCGAAGGCGGCACUAAACCGCUGCACCACCCAGGGAUCCCAGCAUCUUUGGUUUUAAGUGCAGUCUAUUUUUAGCACACUCUGGGAUUUCCACUAGAGAAACAUAAUCUGCGAACUAAAGAACUUCUUUCCCACCUUUGUGACUUCACAUUUAUUUUAUUUGUUUCCUUCUUAAAAAGUUCACUUAUUUAACAUCUACAGCUCCCGUAGGGCUCGAGCUCCCAGCCCUGGGUUUAAGAGCCAGCCAAGUGCUCCUGUGCCUUUACUGUUAAAUGUGCUAGACAUGGUGCCGAUUGCGUGGUACUGAAGGACGGCCGUGGGUUCGGAGCUGGGAAGAAUUGAAGCUGACGCAUGUUUCCUCGUGUGGCAUCUCGCCAACUUUUAGUGCAGGCGGGAAGAUGCUUUUAAAUCAAAGAGAAGAUAGUGUAGGAAUUGGAACCCGAUCCGGUGCAGCAGAGGUGCGGAAGCAGUGUUGCCUCUGCGCCUCGCUGCGUGUUGCUGUGGAGCGAGGGUCGAGGACAGACUACAAGGCGUAUUUUGUUUUGCUGACUCCCGGCUGGGGCUGGAUGACGGGCAUACGCUCCUGGUGUGCAAUUUUAGUGUGUGUUCUGCGGAUUGGUUGAUUGCAAGUGGUGCUUGUGUUUACAGCUGCAUUAGGUUUCUCCGCUCUAAAACUUACAUCUAUUAGGUCUGACAGCUUUGUGGCAAAGGUUUCCGAUCUCAGGAAAGUGCACUCGCAUGGGGGAAGCAGUUAGGGUCUGGCUGCCUUUCUUGUGCCCUGAAGUAGCACCUUAGGUGGUCUGAGGCGCCCUUGGCCUGAUGCCAAACCAUCCCUGCAGAGCUUGUUCAGAUAUCAACCUGAAUUCUCCUAACAAAGGUCUGCUGUCCGACUCCAUGACAGAUGUCCCUGUCGACACGGCGGUGGCUGCCCAGACUCCUGCUGCGGAGGGUCUGACCGAGGCUGAGGAGGAGGAGCUUAGGGCUGAGCUUGCAAAGGUGGAAGAGGAAAUUGUCACUCUGCGCCAGGUCCUGGCAGCUAAGGAGAGGCACUGUGCGGAGCUGAAAAGGAAGCUGGGCCUCUCUGCCUUGGAAGGCCUGAAGCAGAACCUGUCCAGGAGCUGGCAUGACGUGCAGGUCUCGAACGCCUAUAUGAGAACUUCUGAGAAACUUGGAGAGUGGAAUGAGAAAGUGACCCAGUCAGACCUCUACAAGAAGACUCAGGAAACCCUCUCUCAGGCGGGACAGAAGACUUCAGCUGCCCUGUCCACCGUGGGCUCCGCCAUUAGCAGGAAGCUCGGGGAUAUGAGGGCUCGUCCGUUCUCACACUCGUUUAGAGUCGGGUUCUGGUGGACGAGCCGAUGGCGCGGUGAAUGCCAGUCUGUCCCUGUGCUAACUCCUGCUUCCUUCUCUGCCUCUACCAUGCUUGCGAGCAGCAGCUCUUCAAUCCGCCACUCGAUAAGUAUGCCGGCCAUGAGGAAUUCUGCGACCUUCAAGUCCUUUGAAGACCGAGUUGGGACCAUAAAGUCUAAGGUUGUAGGUGGCAGAGAGAAUGGCAGUGACAACCUUCCCUCCCCGACCGGGAGUGGCGACAAGCCCCUGCCCGACCACACGCCUUUCUAAGCCCAUCGCAGCUUUGCCUGGCCACGGAACAAGUGCAAGCACACCCUCAUCGCCACUGCAGCCCUGCCCCGGAGCAGCAGCCCGCCAGGCCGCAGGCGGACGCACACAGCUGGUUUUGAGGAGAGUCGUGCCGU